AUGGUUCUGGAGGUAGCAGAGGCUAAAUUGGCUCGAACUUCGGCUAAACGCGUAUUUAAUCGGAACGUCAAGAAAUUAGUUGACUCUAUUAACUCUAAAGAUACGGCUGCAUUAAUCGAGAGUAGAUUUAAAGAUUUGAAGCAGCUCUGGGAUGACGUCCAACGGAAGCACGAAGGGUAUAUAGAAUCGCUGGAAAAUUCGAAGACGACUUAUGAUGUUGAGCAAGAGGAUGGAUGGAUUGAUGAAAUGGAUAAAGUUUAUGAUGACGUGUUACGGCAAAAGUUGGCAUACUUUGAGACCGUAGAAGAGGAUCAAAGGGAAAUCGAACGGCAACAAGAACAAAUUUCUAAAGAGAAAGAAGAUCAAAUUCGUAAGAAAGAGGGCGAUAAAGCUAUUUUUCGAGCUGAACAAGCCCGCAAAGUUGAAGAAAUCGCAUUUAGACAAGAGGUGGAAAAUCUAGAAGAGGCAUUAGCUGCAGAGAUAGACAAACCCAAUCCGGCAGCAUCAAUGCUUGAAACGGCAAGAACUGAGCUAAAAAGACAACUUGAAGAGUGUAAAAGGGUCAAUGGUGAAUAUGUUCUGCUACUUGAUGCUGAGACAGCUGGUUAUGAGAUAGCUUGGUUCACGAGUCUCCAAAAGAUUUAUUCGCAAAUAUCUAAAAAAAUCGGCGACGUUAUUCAACGGAAAAGUGAUACCAAAGGUAAUGCAAUGAGAGGAAGCACAAUGAAACUAGAAAGAAUGAAAUUACCCCAAUUCAGUGGAAAUAUUCGAGACUACCCUCGUUUUCGAUCAGAUUUUGAAAAACAAAUCCUACCAGAGUUGGAAUCUGGAAAAGUUGCAUAUGUCCUCAAAUCAAUUCUCUCGAAGGUGAAGCAUUUGAUGCCAUCUACAACUUAGAUGAUGAUGUAACGAAAAUGUGGAAGCGAUUAGAUGAGAAAUAUGGUCUGCCAUCAAAAUUAGUCGAUGUUGUUGUAUGUGAUAUUAAGAAUAUAAAGCACUUACAGGAAGGAGAUGAUCAAUCAUUUCUAGAGCUUAUAAAUACGGUUGAGAAAGGCUAUCAAGAUCUAGCCAGAAUCAAUAUGGAAUCUGAAAUAUCCAAUAGUGGAACAGUCAGUUUAAUCGAAGAACGAUUGUCUCGUGACAUUAAUUAAGCGGGAAUGGUCUAGAGAAGUCAACAGAUCAACCAGCAAAGUAGAACAGAAAAAUAAGUUCCCGUAUCUUCUCCAAUUCCUUCAAGAACAAAGAAAGAUUAUAGAAUACGAGCCAUCAGAGCUGAGGACUGGAGGGGAUCAUGCUCGCAAAGGUCGUGUCCACAUGAUUGACCGUGAUGGAAAGUUUAUUGAAGACAAAGAAGCUACAAAGACGACCAGGUGCUUAGUUCACAGCUCGAGCACGCAUAAUACAGCCGAUUGUAGAGUAUAUCAAGAGAUGGCGCCUGAAGGGAAAGUCCAGUUGUUAAAGGAAAAGCGAGCUUGCUGGUCAUGCCUCAAGAUUGGUCACCGCUCUAUUGACUGCAGACAACGCAAGAAAUGCAACAGUGAUGAUUGUUCAAAAUAUCACCAUGAUUCCUUACACGUAGCCCACGUUCAAGGGGUUGCAUUCCAUAUACCAUAUUUUUCCCGGCCAAAUUCUGACGCAGAUGGAAAGGAAUCGGGAACUUGCUUGCUGCAGGUGAUGAAAAUAAAAUCAGCUGUCAAUGCUGCUCCUUUAAAUGUGCUGUGGGACGGUGGUGCAACCAUUAGUCUGAUCACCUUUGCUAAAGCACGUGAGCUAAGUUUGGAUGGAGAGGAAAUUAGGCUGUCGGUUGUCAAAGUUGGCGGUGUCAAGGAAGAGAUGAGAUCAUCA